UGUCGACUGGGCAUUGUGAUUUAAGAUGGACUUUAUUUUGCAGCUGUUUCUUCCAUCGAUGAGGCAGAGAGUGGCACUGGGCACUGAGGAAAGCUCAGUACAAGGGGAUAUGCUACAGGAGCAUUGGUUCGUUGAUGACAUGUAUACCUUUGAGAAUGUUGGCUUCACCAAGAAUGUGAACAAUAUCAAGUAUCUGGUUUGUGCUGACUGUGAGAUUGGGCCCAUUGGCUGGCACUGCCUGGAUGAUAAGAAGAGUUUUUAUGUGGCUCUGGAUCGAGUGCAACAUGAAUAGCAGGCGAUCAGGAGCCAGCAGGGUUACAGCACAAUUCUGUCUCUCAUUCUGCAUAUACUCCCUGCCUGAGACGGGGGACUGAACACAGACUUCCUCACAUGGCAUCCCCAACAGACUGUUCUCCGCAGAUGUCUGUGUGAGCCAUGGUGUAGACUGCACACACAGCUCUUUACCUGUGGUAUACUGACCAGUCUAGUAUUUCACUAUCACAUGCCACACAGUUUCUGAUGAGGUGAUUGCUCAGUUUGAACCAUUUUGUUAUUAUUAAAAACCGUUCUGAA